AUGGCUUGUUACGACCUUCGAGCGCUCCCUAAUCUUCAGUUCGAUGAGGAACCGCAAAGCUACCUAGUUCCCACAUCCUUCUACCUCCAGUGCUGCUUGCCCUACUCCAUGGAUGCGGAACCGUUUACACAUCGUCCCAAGCAGGCGCAACCACCAGUCCAUCGCAGAAAGCAGUUCACCAGCUGCGAUGCGUGUCGCAAGAACCGCCGUGCCUGCGACGCCGUUACUCUAGGAGUCGAUCCGCUCCAGGCUUCUGCUGGCCCUGCAUGUUCCGCUUGCAAGAAGGCUGGUAGAAACUGCACUUUCGAAUGGCUCAAGGGCCUUCCAGACACUUCGCUGCCGCGGUCCUUGAAACGGAGGAAGGCCUCCGCUCCUGUGGCCCCGCUCGUUGCUUCGAGCCAAGUCGAUGCGAGCUCUGAUGGCAGCGACGAGUCGCCAACUAUCCCACCAGACUCGUCAGCUGAUCAGACUUGGAUCCAACCGCCAGCGCCCACUUUUCAUCAAGCGACCCACCUUCGGCAAGAUGAUGGCCGCUCUUUCGCUCAACAACCUGCCAACCCACACCUGGCGUCUUUUGCCGCAAACAGCCACAACAAUUGGCACAACCCUGCAUUUCCUCUGGCGAAUACGACACAGUUCCCCGACAACGACUUGUCUAAUCAGCCCACUGAUUGGUCCAGCAAUCUUGUACCCCACGUGCCGAAUCAGACCUGGCACGCGUCUUUCCACCCUCAUCUACAACACCCACGUCCUAUCCCCGGCUCAACUCAGCAUACGGCUCGUCCAAAGCUCGAGGAUACCGAAUCUGACUCAAUACACAGCAAGCCCACUGCGUCCGGACGACGUAUCGAAUAUCCCUCACCCGCCCUCGACGAUGAAUUGGCGCAAGCCACCAGUAAGCGCCACAUUUCCAGUCAGCUAGUCAAAAUCUACAGCGGUAGCCUGGAGCAUGCCCUGCGCUGUUGGACAACCGAAGAGCAUUCGCCAUGGGGUUAUGCGAGCAGUGCCUCAUUCUCCCGUCACAGGUCUUCUUCAGACUCGCCACCAAGCUAUCUGCGAAGAAUUAAGUUUCUAGACCAGAUCUCGCAGCCACUUCGUGGAAAAAACCUAUCAAUCGAGGAAGCAAAGUUGGCCUCUACAUCGCUCAAGCUUGCCAUCAUGUCCUUCGCAAGUCAAUGGACACGUAUCUCACCAUCCGCCGAACGACAAUCCCCGUCCAGUCCUUUUGAUGCUCUGUCGGAUGAUUCUGUUGAUCUUGGAUUUGAACGGCUGAUGCAACAAAGCCUCUGGCAUGAGGCGCGCCGCUACGUGAAAGCCUGCGCUUCCAUCAACACUUUUCAUUCAAUAUUUGCACAGAUGGUCUUUGCACUGGUCCAGCGACCGCAUCUUCCAGCGCACGAAACCGCGGCGUUGUCCGACGAUCCUACCACUUCUCCUCCCCUGGGCACCAUGCAACCGGAUGAAGAACGACCCACCUAUCUUGAACAGGCCUUGCGGCAUCUACUGGAGUGGCGCAGACACAUGCGCAAAAUAAUAUCUGCCCCAGUUCAGAGUGGUUCCGAAAGAAAGAUCGCCGAAUAUCAACUAUCCUUGCAACAAACUGCAAAUCAAAUGCAAGAGCCAUUUGAAGCCAUUUUCUGGCUAGGUAUCAUGUGUGAUACUACGUCUGCUGCGUUGAACGAGCGGCCGGUCGUCAUUUCUGAUGAUGAUCUGCUUCCCGUGCCUCAAGCAAGCAUCUUGCCACCUGUGGAGUAUGCCCCUUUUCCGGGAGAAACGGGGAGCGACAGUGAUUCAGAGACAUCGCACAGUCGAGACGAUCCCAACACGUCUUCCCGGUCAAGCGGCCCUGCGCCCACCAAUGUUUGGGAUAUUGACGCAAUGCGCCAUCGUCCUCGUCUGUCAGCUCCUACUAGUGCCGAGGCAAUUCUUAAGGAAGGCAUCCAACCAAAGGUUCUACUAUGGCGAAAACUUGGUGCCCUCAAGAAAUUGAUGAAGCAUCCUCAGGACCAGCGCGUCAUGGAGCAGCAUAUUGGUAGUACACUUCAGGCGGCCGAAUUCUGGAAAAGCACUUACGGGCCAUUUAUGCAACAGUGCAUCAACACCCACCAUCAACUCUCUUUCAAUGUGCAAUCCUGGUAUAUCAUUCUGGCUGGACACUUCCAUUUGGCAUGUUUGUUAGUCGCAGACUGUAUCGAUCACAUCGACAACCAAGGUUGGUCGCUAGAAGGACCUCGAGCUGCACGCCAGUCUUCCUAUACGACAUUGAAACUGGCUCAAGUUAGCGCCUACAGCGUUGCCGAUAUAGCCGCAGUCUCGACCUCUACUCAUCCAAUGGACACGUCAAGCUUCGGCUCAGAUAGACUACUCCACGAUGCCAUCAGCUCAUCAGCACUGCUAAGUGAACCUUGGACUGAUGUCCUUACUGAGUCUUUCUCCAAGACAUUCCAGAAAAUGUAUACUUGGCUCUCCUGCUGGAAAGGAAGACCAACCAUUUUUGUCAAUACCAACGAGCUGAGUUGGCUGGGAAGCAACACAGAUGCAUCCGACCUUGCCAUGAAGUGUGCGGCGUGUGUUGAUGCUCUGGAUGUCCUGGGUCGCAAAUCAGAUCAAGCUGCUUCCCUCGCAAGGUCGAUACGAAGCCAGCUGGAAGGGUUCACAAGGGUGUGA